CCAUAUGAAGCCCACGUUUUGACUGUGAAACAUAAAAAGGUUUUCUUACAAUAAAAACACAGUUAAUAAAUCAUAAUUCUGUUUAUGAUUUAAUUUUCAAAUAGAAUAAAUUACUCUCAAGUUGAGAGUGUAUCCUGCAUCGCGUCACACCGUAGUACCGCUGUUCUCUGGUCAUGUGUCCGUACAACAAUGGUGUGUGUAUCAGAUUCGGAGAAACCCUUCUUUCGCCUUUGUAUCCGACAAACUGAUAAACCCGACCCGAUCCAAUCCUGCGUCUUGCACCUCGUCGGAGGGCCAAGUUUGGCUGCUUCCUCUAUCAAAAGGGAUGUGUUGAAAUCUGCCCAAUUAUCUUUCCGCUAGUUCUUGUGUUGGAUAGUGGGGUGAUGGAUCACCAAUCUGGCCAGGGAUUUGAUUCAGAUGAUAGUGACCUUGAUAUGCAAGCAGAAAUUAAUGAGAAACAUAAGAAUGUGGAUGAAUUUUCAAAACACCUAGAAUUUUGUGGAAGUGAAGAUGAAAAGUUUGUCGAACAACCUGUAGCAGACAUUUCAACAGAUAUAGAAGCUGUAGAACCAUUCAUAGGCAUGGAGUUCAAUUCAAGAGAGGAAGCCAGAGAAUUCUAUAUUGCAUAUGGUAGGCGGAUAGGAUUUACCGUACGAAUACACCAUAACCGUCGUUCACGAGUAAAUAACCAAGUCAUUGGUCAAGAUUUUGUCUGCUCGAAAGAAGGAUUUCGUGCAAAAAAGUAUGUACACAGAAAAGAUAGAGUGCUACCUCCUCCACCAGCCACCCGUGAAGGUUGUCAGGCCAUGAUAAGGUUGGCAUUACGGGAUGGAGGGAAGUGGGUUGUCACCAAAUUUGUGAAGGAGCAUACUCAUAAACUAAUGAGUCCCAGCAAAGUUCCAUGGCGAGGAUCUGGGAAGCACUUGGUUAGUGAGGAUGAGAAAGAUAAGAGAAUCCGUGAGCUAUCACUUGAGUUGUACAAUGAAAGGCAAAAGUGCAAACGACGCUGUGCUGCUUAUGAAGAACAGUUAAAUAUGAUUCUGAAUGAUUUAGAAAAGCACACAGAACACAUUUCUGAAAAAGUUGCUGCUGUAGUAAGAAGUAUAAGAGAGAUCGAGGAAAAAUCAGAUUCCGAUGGUGGGUAAUUACUAAUCAGUGCUGCUAUAGCAUGUUUCCGCAUUGGCGAGACAUCCUAGUUGAGAUUGUUAAGAAGAAGCCUAUUUGGUAUUUGAAAGCUAACAUUCUUCUGUCGGCAUUUAGAUGCGGUUUCACUUGAAGUAGUGUAGCGGUUAAGUUAAACUUCAGGCAGCAUAUAGUUUAGCAGGAAAUUCAUUUUCUGGUGUGUACCAUGUCCUGGAUUAGGUAGGUGCUUAAAGUGUAAUUUAUACAUUGUUAUUCUUGCUGAAAAGCGUUUCCCUCAUGAGUAACUUGGCCAUUUCAUUUUUCCCGUUGGACUCAACUUUAUUCAUUGGAUCAUGUACUUUUUCCAAGUUGGUGGGUGGGAUCGUGGUUACAUCAAAUAUUGACUCUA